UGAAAUUAAAAGUUGGAUUUCUCAUGAGAUUUCUUCAUAAGACUUUAAGGUAUAUUGUUUUAUUUUUUUUUAGUGAUCAGACCAAAGUCAUGCUGUUUUGUGAUCAGACCAUUUGAAGAUUGUUCCACUUAAGACAUCGACUUGCUAAACUUGUUUUUUUUUCCUCCCUUUCCAAUUUGUCUGUGUUCAUACGUGACUUGACUUAUUAAAUUUUAAUAGGUUUUUUCUACAAAGAAGACCUUGACUUUUCAUUGUACGUACAAUUCAAAGUAAAUGAUAGCGAUUACUCACGGACUUAAUCCAUUUCACAUGAAUUUCAAAUGCUAAAUUGAAAUGAAUUGAACUCCUAAGUCCUAAAUUGUUUUGGAGUUUACUUCAUUUGCGUUUAAAUUUUAUUUGCAAUGGAAGGGAAAGCGUACUUGAUAUGGUUUGUAUUGAUGUUGGGGCAGCUACAUGGAUGCAAAAGCUGCAUUGAGAAAGAGAGAAAAGCUUUGUUGGAGCUCAAGACAUACUUGAUCUCAAGAAGCUUUGACGAUGUUCUCCCUACUUGGACUAAUGAUACAAAGAGUGAUUGUUGUUGGUGGGAGGGUAUCAAGUGCAAUCAUACUAAUCGACGUGUUAUUGGGAUUUCCAUUGGCCAAAUGGACUUUAAAGAGAAUACUCUCCUAAAUCUUUCUUUGCUACAUCCCUUUCAAGAGGUUCGAAGUUUGAACUUAUCAUCAGAGAACCAAUACAGCGGUUUCACGAUCUUGAACCAAUUUUAUGGCUUCUACGAUGAUGUUAAAGGACAUAAAAGCUUUAGAACACUAAGAAACCUGGAAAUUCUGGAUCUCUCUUCAAAUAGAUUCAGCAACAGCAUCUUUCCUUUUCUUAAUGCUGCUACCUCACUUACUACUCUUUUUCUCUGGAAUAACGACUUUGAUGGCCCUUUUCCUGUAAAAGUUCUAAAAGACUUGACAAACUUGGAAAUGUUGGAUCUCAGUCAUAACUCAUUAAACGGCUCUAUCUCAGAGUUUACUCACCUGAAAAAAUUGAAAGCUCUGGAUCUAAGUUCCAACAAAUUUUCUAGCUCAAUGGAACUUCAAGAACUAAAGAAUUUAACUAAUUUGGAAGUCCUUGGUCUUGCUCAGAAUUAUUUGGACGGGCCAAUACCAGAAGAAGCAAUUUGUGAAAUGAAGAAUAUGCGGGAGCUCAAUCUCAAAGGAAAUUAUUUUGGAGGUCCUCUUCCUCUUUGUUUAGGUAGCUUGAAAAUGCUACAGGUUCUUGAUCUCUCAUCUAACCAAUUAAGUGGAAAUCUACCAUCUAGUUUCAGUAACCUCGAGUCCCUCGAAUAUCUAUCAUUGCUAGAUAACAACUUCACAGGCUUAUUCUCGCUCAAUCCACUCACCAACCUCACAAAGCUCAAAGUGUUCAAACUUUCAUCAAAGUAUGAUACGGUAAAAGUCGAGACAGAGAGUACUUGGCAGCCGAAAUUCCAACUGAGUGUCGUUGUACUACGAUUUUGCGGCUUGAAGAAAAUCCCUUCCUUUUUCGAGUACCAGAAGAACUUGCAUCUAGUUGAUUUAUCUAGCAACAAAAUAUCCGGAGACAUUCCUACUUGGUUGUUGGCUAAUAAUGCAGAACUUGAAGUCUUGCAGUUGCAGAAUAACUCUUUCACUAUCUUUCGGAUGCCUACAAUAGUUCAUAAUUUGCAGGUUUUGGAUAUUUCAGCAAAUACUAUUGAUGGGCUGUUCCCUGAUGAUAUUGGUCGUGCACUUCCGAAUCUGGUGCAUAUGAAUGGUUCAACUAAUGAUUUCCAAGGGCAGUUUCCAUCGUCUUUGUGGGAGAUGAAGAAUAUUUCAUUCCUGGACCUCUCUUAUAAUAAUUUCUCGGGGAAGCUUCCUAUAAACUUUUUCACUGGUUGUUUGUCACUAAGAUAUUUGAAGCUCUCUCACAACAAAUUUAGCGGUCAUGUUCUUCUGCGAGGGACUCGGUUCACUUCAAUGCAAGUGUUGAGCUUAGACAAUAACUUAUUUUCUGGGAAGAUCGGAGUUGGUUUACUUAACUCCACUAUAUUGCUUACACUUGACAUGUCCAACAAUUGUCUCAAAGGUGCUAUUCCAAGUUGGUUAUCUAAGUUAUCCUAUUUGACUUUAUUAUUGUUAUCAAACAAUUUCUUGGAAGGUACGAUACCACAUUCUUUGGUAGGAAAGUCAUUUCUUGAGUUUCUGGACCUUUCUGGAAACCUAUUAUCUGGAUCUUUACCGUCACAUGUUCAUCGUAUGUUCUCGAUAAAUUUGUUCCUACACGACAACAAUUUCACAGGGCCAAUUCCAGAUACAUUGUUGGAAAGUGUCGAGAUACUUGAUUUGCGGAAUAAUAAACUCUCUGGGAGUAUCCCACAGUUUGUCAAUACACAGGACACAAGUAUUCUUUUGUUGAGGGGGAACAACUUAACAGGAUCUAUUCCAAUGCAGUUGUGUGAUUUGAGAAACAUGAGACUUUUGGAUCUUUCAGAUAACAAGCUCCAUGGUGCCAUACCUUCAUGCCUAUACAAUGUAUCAUUCGGACUAGGAGGAGAUAAGGAGAUGGGUAUCUACAAUACCGAAGGUUACUAUCUCGAUGGACCUAAGCUGGAAUUUUACAAAUCGACAUUUUUUGUGGAGAAGCUUGAGGAAUACUACACUAUCUUUCAUGGAAUUGAAAUCAAAUUUGCGUCGAAGCGAAGGUAUGAUUCUUAUAGUGGAAUAUCUCAGUUCGGUCAUGGAAUACUUGGUUACAUGUAUGGCAUGGAUCUGUCAAGAAAUGAACUAAGCGGUGUUAUCCCAGUAGAGCUUGGAGAUCUCAUGAAACUACAAGUGUUGAAUCUAUCUCACAAUUUCUUGUCGAGUUCUAUACCAUCAAGCUUCUCCAAACUGAAGGAUAUUGAGAGCCUUGAUCUUUCUUAUAACAUGUUACAUGGAAGCAUUCCUCAACAACUUACUAGCCUUAACUUUCUUGCUGUCUUGGAUGUGUCUUACAACAAUUUAUCAGGAAUCAUUCCCCAAGGAAGGCAUUUUGACACGUUCGAUGAGAAAAACUACUUAGGGAAUCCUCUUCUUUGUGGACCACCGACGAAGAGAAGUUGUGAGACUGAAAAGAGUACAGAGGAAGUAGGUAAUGGAGGAGAAAAAGGAGAUAAUGAAGCUGUUAUAGACAUUGUGGUAUUCUGUUUCAGUACUGCCGCAACUUGUGUGACCGUAUGGGUAUGUAUUCUUGUACUUAUGUGUUUUGAUUGUCCUUGGCGUCGAGCAUGGCUCCGCAGUGUCGAGACUUUCAUCGCCUCAUGGAAAAGAGUGUUGCCUUAAGAUCUGCUGGUAUAACUUCUUGGAUAUUUCUGUAUAACUUGUUUGUGUAUGAUCAUUUGGGUGCCUUAGCCGCAUUGUAUUUUUCUUUUUCUUUUUGUUUUGAUUCAAAACUUUUUUUUAUGUACUUGUACGUUUCUAUAGUGAUCACCCUUA